CCUCGGGGGAGUCAGUUGAGGCGGCGGGAGCUCGGCGGAGGGCGGGCCAGGUGACUGGUCCGGGCCAUGCCGAGGAAGAAGCCUUUCAGCGUCAAGCAGAAGAAGAAGCAGUUGCAGGACAAGCGGGAGCGGAAGCGAGGGCUUCAAGAUGGGCUGCGAUCCAGUUCCAACAGCCGCAGCGGGAGCCGGGAGCGGCGGGAGGAGCAGACCGACACCUCAGAUGGAGAGUCUGUGACCCAUCACAUCCGCAGGCUCAACCAGCAGCCUUCCCAGGGGCUGGGCCCGCGAGGCUAUGACCCAAAUCGAUACCGGCUGCAUUUUGAGCGAGACAGCCGCGAGGAGGUGGAGCGGAGAAAGAGAGCAGCCCGGGAGCAAGUGCUGCAGCCUGUCAGUGCUGAGCUGCUGGAGCUGGACAUCCGGGAGGUCUAUCAGCCAGGUUCCGUCCUGGACUUUCCCCGACGUCCUCCUUGGAACUAUGAGAUGUCCAAGGAGCAACUGAUGAGCCAGGAGGAAAGGAGCUUCCAGGAGUAUCUUGGGAAGAUUCACGGGGCUUACACCUCUGAGAAGCUCAGCUACUUCGAGCACAAUCUGGAGACAUGGAGGCAGCUGUGGCGAGUGUUAGAGAUGUCUGACAUUGUUCUGCUAAUUACUGAUAUCCGACAUCCAGUUGUGAAUUUCCCACCAGCACUUUAUGAGUAUGUGACUGGAGAGCUUGGGCUGGCCCUGGUGCUGGUCCUGAACAAGGUGGAUCUGGCCCCACCAGCCCUUGUGGUUGCCUGGAAGCAUUAUUUCCACCAACACUAUCCCCAGCUCCACAUUGUCCUUUUCACCUCUUUUCCUCGGGACCCUCGCACCCCACAGGACCCUAGCAGCGUCUUGAAGAAGAGUCGGAGGCGGGGGAGAGGAUGGACUCGGGCCCUGGGGCCAGAGCAGCUACUGAGAGCCUGUGAAGCCAUCACUGCUGGGAAAGUGGACCUCAGCAGCUGGCGGGAGAAGAUUGCCCGGGAUGUGGCUGGGGCCACCUGGGGCAAUGGCUCCGGGGAGGAGGAGGAAGAGGAGGACGGGCCGGCCGUCCUGGUGGAGCAGCAGACUGACUCAGCCAUGGAGCCAACAGGCCCCACACGAGAGCGCUACAAGGACGGGGUGGUGACCAUUGGCUGUGUGGGUUUCCCCAACGUGGGCAAGUCCUCGCUGAUCAACGGGCUGGUGGGGCGGAAGGUCGUGAGCGUCUCCAGAACCCCGGGCCACACCCGGUACUUUCAGACCUACUUCCUCACCCCCUCCGUGAAGCUCUGUGACUGUCCAGGCCUCACCUUCCCCUCCCUUCUGCCCAGGCAGUUGCAGGUUCUGGCGGGGAUCUACCCCAUCGCCCAGAUCCAGGAGCCAUACACGGCCGUGGGCUACCUGGCCUCCCGAAUCCCUGUGCAGGCCCUGCUCCACCUGCGCCAUCCAGAGGCUGAGGACCCUUCCGCAGAACACCCCUGGUGUGCCUGGGACAUCUGUGAAGCUUGGGCAGAGAAACGUGGUUACAAGACAGCCAAGGCGGCCCGAAAUGAUGUGUACAGAGCGGCCAACAGCCUCCUGCGGCUGGCACUGGAUGGCCGCCUCAGCCUGUGUUUUCACCCGCCGGGCUACAGCGAGCAGAAAGGCACCUGGGAGUCCCAUCCAGAGACCAUGGAGCUGGUGGUUUUGCAGGGCAGGGUGGGGCCAGCAGGUGACGAGGAGGAGGAGGAAGAGGAAGAGCUGAGCAGCUCCUGUGAGGAGGAGGGAGAGGAGGACCGGGAUGCGGAUGAGGAGGGGGAAGGGGAUGAGGACACCCCAACCUCAGCUCCAGGGUCCAGCCUGGCCGCCCGAAACCCUUACGCCCUGCUGGGCGAGGACGAGUGCUGAGUCCUUGUCCUGCUCCAUCCUCCCCCCACCCCUAAUAUCUUUGCUUUUGGACUGACCUGGGGUCUCUCCCAUCUGCCGCCCCAGUUGUGAAUAAAGAUUGUCUGCUUUGUAGCCCCUUCCCCAGAUGGACUGAGGUGAAAGCAGCUGUGGGAGGCUUCUCUGCUCUCCUCCCUUCUUUUUCCAAGCAUUCUCUUUGCAAAGGAAGUGUUCUCUUAGGAGCUGAUUCAGUGGGUUCUAAGGUCUGAAACCUGCUUCCUCUGCUCACUCUCUUACUUGUACCUUAGGAACCCCAUCAUCAACAUGGGGAAGGGGGGUCACUUCAGGCUUUUGAGGCCUGUUCUAAAUCCAUCCUCCUUUGAGAGUUUGUGCCAGGCCCUCUGGGACUGGAGCAGCAGCCAUUGCGCCCCCUGCUGCCAGACCUGGGUUAUACCAGGAGCUUCUGGGAGAAGAAGCAGUGAAGAGUUGUCACAGCUGAUGUCUCCAAGUGAGAUUUUCACAGGAUUUAUUCAAAGUCAACAAAUAUUUAUUGAGGGCUGACUGUGUGUCUGGACUUAUGCUACGCACUGAACAUAUAAAGAUGCCUGACCUGAAUAGACAGCCUGGCCAUGAUCAAGAUCCCGUUAUCAGGCACCCUACUUUUUGGAUUAAGAAGGGUGUAUAAUGUUCUCCAAAUCCUUAGGUCUCAUGCAAUAUAAUUCUAGAACCUCCUAUUGAUGGAAAUAUUUAAUUAAGACUAAAGGCUUGUGAAAAUGUUAAUUAAAUGUGCACGAGUAGUCUUAAUUACUGGCAAACAAGUAGCGUGCACAUUUAUGAUUUGAUCAGGAGCCCUUUAAGCGUUAAGUUUCAUUAUUUAAAAGCCUGUAUACACUCGGUGUACUAGAUUCAUAGGGACGCACACAGAACCGGUCUGAAUCCCACUUACCCUGGCUUGGGACGGAGCCAGGGAGACCCAGUGCAGGGUCUGAGCUGUCUUACCAUGUCAGGCACAUCUCAGCAGAGAUCAGCUCUCUUAUGAGUCAGGGCAUCUUAGGCCUGACUGUACUUCUCCAUUGUCAAGCAAGCAGUUGGACUCCUAGAUUUAAUUCUUGGAGAAAAGAGAGAGAAUAGGCUUUGGUUUAUUGGCUGCCACAGUGUCGUCUGGGCUGGGCAGUGGCAAAAAGUUGUUUGAUAGGUUAGCCGUUAGGUGUAGGGGUGAGGAGAAGCAGGAUGCCAGCUUCCUGUCUUCAUUUUCAAGCAUCCCACUUUGAUUCUGGGGCCCCAGCCAGUGUCUGUAAUUCCAGCAGAGACCCUGUCACCCCAGGGUCAAAAGAGGCUGAGGUGUUUGGGCCACACAUUCCCUCCAGCUCCCCCGUCAUUGGUCCCAGUGAGGACAUAGUCCGGGAAUUUGCACUCCAGUGCAAAGUUUAAAUACUACCGGCAUGUGAACGUGCAUGAUGAUUGUCAAAAAUGUGCUGUAAAAAAGUUUCAGUGGAGAGAAAAAGCCACCUGUCUCCCAUCUUAGUCUUUUUAGCCGCAGGGCUGUGUCUUCUGAUGGAAGAAAGGGGACCCCAGCUCAGUGUACUGUGAGGAUUCAUGAUGAUCAGGGAAGCUCAGGGACUUCUCUGCUGCUGGAGGUAGCACUGCUACUGGGGACGUUGGGAGUGUCUCAAAAAGUGGAGAAAAGUGAGAAAAGUCAGAAUUUUAUUUGUACCCCUGCCUCUGUGCUGCUUCUCUUUGCUUGUCUUUAUGUCUUGCUGAGUUUCUCCAGGGGCAUUUAGGAGAUCUGGGAGUGGGGAUGAGAGUUGAGGCCUGGCGCUGGAGGGGAAGCUGGGGAGGGGGGUUUUUAUGCUGAAGAUCUGGAAGGAGGUAACCCUAACAUCCCCAGGGAGCUAGACUGGAAAUGAUUCUUCUCAGGUCCCUGUCAGUGACUCACUCUGUAGGAAAGUAACACUGGGAAAGAACUACCUUAGCAACAGAUUUGGUAGGAUAAACAAUACCCCAAAACCAGUGCCUGAGGCUGAGGUUGAAACUGACUAAAAGACAAAGGAAAUUGAGGCCAGUCUCCUCAAUGAAAUACCCAGGAUCCCUGUCCUCACACCCCUCUACCUGGGCCACAUCCACUGUGGAGAUACUUGACCAUGGAGGUCUCAGGCUCUGAGAGUUCCCACAGCUUCUGUUUCUUGAUGGAGAGAAACUAGUGCUUCUGUUUCAUGCUGGAAUUCCAUUUAGAUGCUGAGCAACUUCCUUCUGAGCUUCCCUUUUUCUAGACUGAGUUCCAGUCCUGGUUCUGGGACAAGGUAGCUGUGUGUGGUCCAGAGUAGUUCAAUUAUCUGGGCCUCUAAUUCUUUAUUUCUUAUUAUCGUUGAUACAAUAAACAAAAUUGGUUGAAGACAAUGUCAGAUAUGCUGAGUUCUGGGACAAAACAAAGUUGACUAAGGAAUAGACCUUACCCUCCAAGAAUAGAAUAGCCAGACACUAAUAAUAAUAUAAUUCCAUAGCACUGUGUAAAUUAUAAAGGAAUUACUUUACAUGAAUCUAUUGAACUGUUGUAACUAAGUAGAUAGAAAUGUAAUCACCCCAGGGAUUCAUUAGACAAUCGAAUAUUUGUCGAACAAUUAAAACAAUUACUAUUUGCCAGUUGCUGCUCAGUGGUUAGUGAUACAGAAACGGUCACAAUUUAUUGAAAAAUGGAAGCAAUUAAAUAGAUAAUUACCAAAAAAGUGUGAUAAGUGCCAUGAGAAGGGUGGAACAAGGUUCCGUGGGCUACUGGUGGCUCCACAUAGAAGGGUCUUGUGAUGCUGGUCAGGAAGGAGUGGAGGACAGGUCUGGAAGCUGUGACGCUGUAGCAAGUUAUGUGAGGCUGAAAAAAAAAAUCAGUGGUCUGUGGUAAAGAAUUGCUAUGGGAACACUCAACAGGGGCCAGUCUUUGUGA